AUGGAUCCGACUUUGAAAUUCAGUAAGGAUGAUGGCCUGCUCUUUGAAAAUCCAGAGAGGUAUAGACGUUUGGUUGGAAAGCUUAUCUAUCUGACUGUAACCCGACCAGAUCUAACCCUUGCUCUUGGAGUGGUUAGUCAAUUCAUGCAGAAUCCAAGACAAGAUCACUGGGAGGCUUUUUGUCCUAUCUUGAGGUAUCUCAAGAAAACUCCAGGAAAAGGAUUGUUCUUUAAAAGAAAAGAUCCAAUUCUUUCACACGGAAGGAGACAGCUCUCUCUUAUUGGCUUAGCCUUUCGAGUUGAAGGUACGUCGUUAGGCUCAUUCUGCUCUCAUUCCUGGUCAAUGUCAAAUUCUUCCUAA